CGAGCAAGAUGGCGGCGGCGGCGGGGCAGGCCGAGGCGGAGGCCGAAGCGGAGCCCGAGGGGCGCCGGCCCAGCGCGGAGGACGAGGCGGCGUCGCCGGCGUCGCGGCGGCUGGUGCUGCCCCGCUCGUGGCUGUCCCCGGCGGGCGGGCUGCCGGCGGGCCUGGAGCGCUGGUUCCCGGCGCUGGAGGUGCUGGACGUGAGCGGCGCGGGGCUGGAGGCGCUGGGCGCGGAGCUGCUGGGCCUGGGCCGCCUCCACACGCUGCUGGCCAAGAACAACCGGCUGGGCGCCGAGGGCUCGCUGCCCAAAGGCCUGGCCGGCGCCCCGCUGGGCCGCUCGCUGCGCGUCCUCAACCUCAGCGGCAACCGCUUCACCCGCCUGCCCGCCGCCCUGCUGGGCCUGCGCCGCCUGCAGAGCCUCAGCCUGGGCAGCAACCGCCUCCACAGCAUCCCUGCCGCCAUCCAGGAGCUUAGCAGUUUAGAGUUUUUGUAUCUUGGAGGGAAUUUCAUUACUUCAAUCCCACCGGAGCUGGCAAAUCUGCCUUCGCUAAGCUAUCUAGUGCUGUGUGAUAACAAGAUUCAAAGUAUCCCCCCUCAGUUGGCCCAGCUGCCUUCCCUGCGUUCUCUUAGCCUCCAUAAUAACCUGCUGACCUACCUUCCUCGGGAGAUCCUCAAUCUAGUCCACCUUGAAGAACUGAGUUUACGCGGGAAUCCUUUGGUUGUGCGAUUUGUCCGCGACUUGACGUACAACCCUCCAAGUCUCCAGGAACUGGCUGGCCGCACCAUUAAGACUCGCAAUGUUCCCUACACGCGUAGCGAUCUCCCUGGCAAUCUCCUCGUGUACCUAGACUUGGCCAGCAAUUGUCCCAACCCUAAAUGUGGAGGCGUCUACUUUGACAGCUGUGUCCGGCAGAUCAAAUUUGUCGACUUCUGUGGGAAGUACCGCCUUCCGCUGAUGCACUACCUGUGUUCCCCGACUUGCUCCUCACCCUGCAGUUCUGCUUCUCAGAGUUCUACUUCCCAGAGUGAGUCUGACUCGGAAGACGAAGCCAUCGUUGCUGCACGCCGCAUGCAGAAAGUCCUGCUGGGGUGAAAGGGACUGGAGAAGCCUGGCAUGGAAACGGUGUGAAAACAGCAGCUAUGGAACAACAGUGUCAGAAGGCCCUCUCCAAGGAGUAUGGCGAAAUACUAAGUUGACCUGCCUGUGCUUUGUCGCUCAUGGAAAGAGCACCUGAGCAGACAUUGAAUUGGCCUGAGGAUGCUGAAGUCAUUGUCUGCUUUUAGGGGGGAAGGGGGCAGCUGGCACAUCUUUACAAGAGUGGGCAUUCACUCUAGGGUUGGAGAUAUUGGAGGCCUUGUUAAAAGGGUGUUUUAAGCCCUUCACUACUGAGACUGAUAUGAAGAGGACCAUUUUAAACUAUUUCACUGUGAUAAAAUAAUGCUAGGAGGGUGGUGGGUUGGGAAUCCCCUUCGGUUAUCAUUAGCAUUGCUCGUACUUGAAUACUAGUUUCUCUCCCUGAAAGUGCUUAGUUGGUAUCUCUAUUUAUUUUUAACCACAGUCCUUUAAAAGUAUAGAUAUUUUGAAAUUUACUGUUCUUUUUGGACCUUGCUGUCUAUGACCUGCGUUCGGUUUUCAAAAGAGAGCUGUACGUUCUAUUGUUGGUGCCUUCGCUCAGCUUUGCUCACCUCUUUAUUUGAACUGCUGGGUCAGCUGUUGAUGACACGCCGUGCCUUUACCUAUGCAGAUGCUCUUUCUGGGCCUACAGGAGGACUUUUCUUCACUGUGUUUUAAGUACAUCUUAAACUGCUGGAGUGGAACUGCUCCUUAACCAGUAAAUUGUAAAAUAACCAUUGGAUUACACUCUCAUUCAUUUUCAACCCAGUGCCAUUAUUUAACAAGCUUCCAUUUUAUAUUAUGCAAAUAUUUGUCGAGAGCAUAAUUCUUUUCCUGGAAGUUACAAUCAGCAUCAUAGGAUUAUUAAUGCAUAUACAGUUCUGAAAAGUCGGACCAGAGGUCUGCACCCUUACUCUUAUCUCUCUCACUCCCCCUGUUACCAUGCUAUUCACUUAUGCUGUUCCAUUUCUUCUUGUCCUGCAAUUCUUGGUUUUGGUUUCACAAACUUCUCCCAUGCUCCUGUAGAACUGAAGCUUUUAUUCAAACCUUUCUCGCACUGCCCUUCUCUGUUCAUGUUGGAGUAACUUCCAGGUAUGGCAGUCAGCCUCCUCAGAAUAUGAAAAUAAAGCAAAGGAAGGCCACAAAAGUUGGACAUUGACUAGGCAUGUCACGAGUGCAAUCUCAUAUGCCGGUGAUGCUUGCACAACUAUUUUCUAGUCAGACUUGCAAUGAAUGUGCUGAUUCAGAGAAAGAAAUUCUUGGUUAUUUUUUUCAAAUGACAAAUACUGUAAUUUCAUGGCUGGGAAGCGAAGGUACUUGGAUCCCCCGUAGAAACGAGGAAAACAUAUUCAUGAGGAGAUGGAAAAGAGCCCGACACAGUUAGAAGUGAAUCCCACUGCUGUUUUCCUAACCCAUUGUUAUUUGAUAGAACCUUGAGAGGCACUCAAGAAGAUGUUCUUGGCACACUUAGCUGAUCUCAUAUAUAGCCUUUGUUCUGUUUAGAUAAUAGCUUGUGUGGGAACACGUACUCAUGUUCUUCAUAAGCUGUUGCCAUCUAAUGAGGAAGUUUUCAGCAGGAAACUAUACUUUGGAUAGCCGGUUUGUUCUUUUUUGAAUUUCUUGGCAGGCUGAUUUCUGUUCAUUGAGAUAUUGGACACGCUCUCAAGUUGAUAACUUCUACAACUACAUUUUUCAAGUUGAAAAUACCAUGUUGCAGCUUGUUUUUCAUAAAACUAAACUUUGGCAGUUUAAGCUGUGAAUGAACUCCUUCUGAUGUCUUUCUGUGCCAGCGAUUCUUAUGGAAUGGAGUCUUGAUUUGGGACUGAGAGCAGGUAUCAAGUCAGGAUAGCACCUGAGCUUCAGGCUGUAAUCCUAAGCAACUUACCAGCAAGUUAGUACCAUUGAACUCAGUGGGAAUUACUCUGGAGUAUACAUCCUUAGGAUUGCACGGUAGCUUUUGUUUGCAUUUUUUGGCAGUAGUUGGUCAGCAGCAAAAGGUUUUUUAUCUCGAAAGGAUCAAUUGCAGUUGGUUAAGAAGUCAGAGAAAUAUGGAACUGGUUUGCUGAUGCAUAUCUUGGUCCAGAGAGGGAGAACAGGAAGAAAGUUUAAUAUGUCAAACUUAGUUUAUGUAAAACUUUGCUAAAUAGCAUCCCUUUUUUUACAAUAUGAAAAGAUUACAGUUUAUUGACAAACCUGCUCACAUCAGGUUCAGUUUGGGGCUACUGUUUUGAAUACAGAAUCCAAAGCCGACGAGUCCUGUCCCAUGUCAUAGAGUCUGUUUCAAAAUGGUCCUACCUACUGGAACAUUGUCUUGAAAUGUGAUGUCGCUGUGACCUUCAGUGGCUGGACUAUACCUCUCCAGGACUCAUUGCCUUCAUUCUUCGUUUGCCUUCUCAACAUGUCUUAAUCUGAUUGGCUGCUUCGUAUCCUGGUUGCUUCAUGUUCACUCAAUUCCAUGCUUGCCUCACUUGUGGUAUGAAGAAUCAAACAUGAGAGGGCAGUCAGGCAGGAUCAGGAGCCCUGAAUGACUCCUGACAGAUCCUCCUCUAAACUGCUGAUGAGCGCUUUCCCUUUUCCGGUGUGAGAUAUCUCUGUGUAACUCUUUUUUUUCUCCUUUCUUUCAAAAUGGAGACAUUGUUGGUUCUCAUAAAAUUUCAUUGGCAUGGUGUAGUUAUGAUGAAGUGUGGUUUUAUAUUGCUCCAUAUAUCUGUUAACAAAACUUUGUGGGGAGGGGCGUCUUUUAAUCUCUUAAGAAAUUCUCUUUCAAAAUGGAGAAAUUGUUGGUUCUUAUGAAACGUUUUUGGCACAUAAAAUUCUUUUUGCUC